AUGGCUCUGCUGCUGCGUAGCGUGACUUCCGUGACCGCCAAGCGGGCGACCGCCUGCGCACUGGCCGAGGCCGCCUCCUCCUCCACGGGCGUGCGCGGCUUUGCGACCAAGAAGGACAAGAAGAAGGGCAAGAAGAAGGGCGGCGACGACGCCAACUUCGAGCAGAUGCUGCGUGCCAUCAAGGGCCAGUACCCCGAGGCGGAGGAGUGGACAGAGGAGGAGAAGCAGCGCCACCAGGAGAUCGGCCGCCGCUACAACAUCAUGAGCAGCAUCGAGCACAACCACUUCAUGCGCGACGUGCAGACCAAGAUCGACCUCAAGUGGGAGGCCAUCAACGCGCUGCCCGCUGAGCUGCAGGCCGAGGCCCUGGAGGAUGACAUGGCUCCCGUCCCCGAGGAGCGCGGCAUGGCCACCUGGACGCCGCCCAUCCCGGGCUUCCGGCGAUACACGGACGAAGGCGCCAACGCGAUGGAGUAG